CUGCAGCCUGCUCCUUGCCAUCCACCACAAACCCUCACCAAACCAGUGGCCACCACCAUGACAAGGGACCAGAAUGGAACCUGGGAGAUGGAGAGUAAUGAAAACUUUGAGGGCUACAUGAAGGCCCUGGAUAUUGAUUUUGCCACCCGCAAGAUUGCAGUACAUCUCACUCAGACGAAGGUUAUUGAUCAAGAUGGUGAUAACUUCAAGACAAAAACCACUAGCACAUUCCGCAACUAUGAUGUGGAUUUCACUGUUGGAGUAGAGUUUGACGAGUACACAAAGGGCAUGGAUAACCGGCAUGUUAAGGCACUGGUCACCUGGGAAGGUGAUGUCCUUGUGUGUGUGCAAAAGGGGGAGAAGGAGAACCGCGGCUGGAAGCAGUGGAUUGAGGGGGACAAGCUGUACCUGACAAUGGAUUCACAGUCAACUGCAAUGAUUGUGGUGGUCCUUCCCACACUCAUGUUUUUCCCUCCUCCUUCGAGGAUCAGUGAGGGUCAAAUAAGGCCUGGGGCUCCCUCUAUCUGGAUGAAAAGCGGGACCUUGUCGGCUGCACAGGCAAGCCUGGGAAAGCCCUUCUGUACCUCACACCCUGCGGUAUUAGGGCCCCUGACUGUGUCCAACGAGUCCUAUAAGAGAAGCGACGUCACCCUCUCUAGAGCAGCUUCAUAA